AUGCUCAAGACUGCUGCCACAAUUGUUGCCGGCAUGUGCGAAGACAUGGAGGAUCCCGGAUUUUUGCCAUUGGUGAAGUAUUUGGAUGUCAAGCCAUUUGGCAAUGCAGUCGCACUGCUCCUCAACAGUCCCCAGUCUGCCCUCAUCUGCAAUUUGCCUGAGAAGUGGGUCCAACUUUUUGGCCUUGACCAGCAAGCAGAGCUGGCUGCCUUGUCUGUGCUUCCCAGUGAGGAUGAGGAGGAGGACAAGGAUGAGAAGGAGUUCAAGGCAAUGUUGUUGGGGUUUUUGAGGUCCAUGGUGAGCCUGGCCAGCCCUUUGGUGAAGGCCAAGAAGGCCAGGGCCAAGGCAAAGGAGAUGACACCAGCAAAACCGGUAAUGCCACAUGUCAAUGAUGGUGCGAUUGAGACACUGCCUACGACCAGGGCACAUGGGAGGCCAAUGAAGGAAGACACCCACAAUGUGGGGUGGAUGCUGGAAGAGAUGCUGGUAAAGGUGUUGCUGGCGACAAUGGAUGAAGUGCUCAGCUACAGGCUGACUCCUGCAUUCUUACCAACUUUCCCCUCUCUCUCCUCUUUCCCUAGAGAGUUCUCACUCACCACCCAUUGGACCAAUAUUUUGGACACCUUUUGGGUUAGAUCAGUGUGCAUAGCAUGUAUCAGGAAAGUGAUGGCUCCACCUCCAGCACCUGUGGAGGAGCUUUUCUGCCUGGAGACUCCUGAGCUGGUUGAGGAGACUGCCAAAAAACCUGCCAACAAGAAGAAGCAGAAGCCCAAAAAAUGUGAGCAGGAGGACGACAAGGAUUCGCUUGGGCUGUCACAAAAGCAGUCCUGCCUUCUGUAG